AUGAGCCAUUCCGGUAGCAGCAUCCGCGCCACCUCCUACCGCCGCACGUUCGGGCCCUCGCCCAUGCUGUCUCCCAUGCCCUACUCCUCGUCCCGCCUGGCCUCGGCUUCGUCCGCCACGCGGCUGCUGAGCGUGCCAUCCGCCGGAGCCUCCCUGCGCUCCUACCGCGGGAGCGGCGCCGGGGGCAGCGCCCUGUUCCUGCGCACCGGCGCACAGUCGAUGCUGGCCGGGCCGCCGCCGCAGCGCUACGCCUACAGCGCCGAGAAGCUGGACUUCUCGGUGGCCGAUGCCCUCAACCAGGAGUUCCUGGCCACCCGCAGCAACGAGAAGCAGGAGCUGCAAGAGCUCAACGACCGCUUCGCCAGCUUCAUCGAGAAGGUGCGCUACUUGGAGACGCAGAACGCCGCCUUGCUGACCGAGCUGGGCCAGUCCCGGGCUAAGGAGCCCACCCGCGCCUCCGACCUCUUCCAGGAUGAGCUGCGCGAGCUGCGCCGGCAAGUCGACUCGCUGGGCAAGGACCGAGACCGCCUGCAAGUCGACAGGGACAACCUAGCCGAGGACUUGGCCGCUCUCAAGCAGAGGCUGGAUGAGGAAAUGCACAAGCGAGAAGAUGCUGAAAACAACCUGGUUCUCUUUCGCAAGGAUGUGGACGAUGCCACCCUUUCACGCCUGGAACUGGAGCGCAAGAUCGAGUCCCUGAUGGAUGAAAUUGAAUUCCUCAAGAAACUACACGAGGAGGAGAUGAACGACAUGCAAGUGAGCAUACAUAGCCAGCAGCAGCAGCAGGUGGAGAUGGAGCAGGUUAAGCCGGAUCUGACCGCCGCCCUGAGAGAGAUCCGCACUCAGUAUGAAAGCAUCGCGGUCAAGAACCUGCAGGAGGCCGAGGAGUGGUACAAAUCCAAGUUUGCUGACCUGUCAGAUGCAGCCAAUCGGAAUCACGAGGCCCUUCGCCAGGCCAAACAGGAGAUGAACGAAUCUCGCCGUCAGAUCCAGAGCCUGACCUGUGAGGUGGAUGGACUCAAAGGAACAAACGAAGCCCUGCUCAGGCAGAUGCGAGAUCUUGAGGACCAAUAUGGGGCGGAGGUGGGCUCCUACCAAGAGACAGUGGGGCGGCUGGAGCAGGAGAUCCAGCACAUGAAGGAAGAGAUGGCUCGGCACCUCCGGGAGUACCAGGACCUGCUGAAUGUCAAGAUGGCUCUUGACAUUGAAAUUGCCACCUACCGCAAGCUGUUGGAAGGAGAGGAGAGUAGGAUUUCAGUGCCUGUCCAAUCCAUGGCAUCCUAUAGCAUCAGAACUGCAGUUUCAGAGCCGGAUCCAAGUGCAGAGAGCCACACCCGGAAGACGGUGCUGAUCAAAACCAUUGAAACCCAGGAUGGAGAGGUGGUGACCGAGUCAAGGAAGGAGCAGAGAGCUGAGAUAGAGAAGUGA